UUCCAACGCCGACUACCACCACAAGAUGGCGGAUCUCGCUCAGCUAUGGACGUCUUCUGUACAAUAGAACUAUAUAGGGAAUGCGGCAUCUAGGUAUUUAUAUCUAUGGUUACAUCGGCCACACACGAGCCUUGGGAUGAUCCAGUGAGGAGAGGAAAUAGACCCGCCAUUUUCCUGCGAGCCUCCAGUUCUUUUAAAAGCCAACGAGGGGAGGCGAGCCGAAGAGGAGCCAGUCAGAGAGGGAAAGGGGGAAGUUAGAGAGAGAGAGAGAGAGAGAGAGAGAGAGAGAGAGAGAGAGAGAAAAAAGAAAGAAAGAAAGAAAGAAAGAAAGAAAGCGCGACAGACAGGGAGAAGGUACAUGAGCAGGGGGUUGUGGAGAGGACGGUUUUGUAAUAGAAGAGGAAACCUUUGGUAUGUAGUUAAGUUAAUAUCUCGCGCUCGUUUGACUUGUGAAAGAACACACAGAGCGAACUGCCAUUUAAAGCGGUUAAAGCUGUAAACAGCGACCAAAAAAGCUUUAGCCAGUUAGCUAGCUACAAUUUUUCCUCAGCCGUCAUUCUUUUCUACUUUCCUCUGCUCGGUUUGUAUUAGUGAGGCGGAGGAAGAGUGAACACGUCAAGGGACGAGAGCGUCAGCGUUGGAUAAAAACCAGUCUGUGUUUUGGGUGCUUUUUUUUUUGUACAUAACUGCUAAAAUGUCUGGCCAAAGCAUAACGGACAGGAUAACCGCAGCGCAGCACAGUGUCACCGGCUCGGCAGUGUCCAAAACGGUGUGCAAAGCGACCACACAUGAAGUCAUGGGGCCGAAAAAGAAACAUUUGGACUAUCUGAUUCAGUGCACAAACGAGAUGAACGUGAACAUCCCUCAACUGGCGGACACGCUGUUCGAACGCACUGCCAACACCAGCUGGGUGGUCGUGUUUAAAUCCCUCAUCACCACACACCACCUCAUGGUCUAUGGCAACGAGAGAUUUAUUCAGUACCUGGCUUCCAGGAACACAUUAUUCAACCUCAGUAAUUUUUUGGACAAAAGUGGCUUACAAGGAUAUGAUAUGUCCACUUUCAUCCGGCGGUAUAGCCGUUAUCUUAACGAAAAGGCUGUGUCCUACAGACAGGUUGCUUUUGACUUUACAAAAGUGAAGAGGGGGGCAGAUGGUGUUAUGAGAACCAUGAACACAGAGAAGCUGCUGAAGACCCUCCCCAUUGUCCAGAAUCAGAUGGACUCGCUUCUUGACUUCAAUGUAAAUGCGAACGAACUCACGAAUGGAGUCAUUAAUGCCACCUUCAUGCUCUUGUUUAAAGAUGCCAUCCGGCUGUUUGCUGCCUACAACGAAGGGAUCAUCAACUUGCUCGAGAAGUACUUUGACAUGAAGAAAGCCCAGUGUAAAGAAGGACUUGACAUCUACAAAAAAUUCCUCACUCGUAUGACGAGAAUCUCAGAGUUCCUCAAAGUUGCUGAGCAAGUGGGCAUUGACCGAGGCGAUAUACCAGACUUGUCUCAGGCCCCUAGUAGUCUCCUGGAUGCACUGGAGCAGCACUUGGCAUCACUAGAGGGAAAAAAGGUGAAGGACUCGACUGCGGCCAGCAGGGCCAGCACACUGUCCAGCGCCGUGUCCUCUCUGGCAAACACAGGCAUAUCUUUCACCAAAGCGGAUGAGCGGGAAAAACAGGCAGCCCUAGAGGAGGAACAGGCUCGUUUAAAAACACUUAAGGAGCAGCGCCUGAAAGAACUCUCCAAAAAGCCUUCCAUAUCCUCAACCACAGCUGCCUCUCCAGUAUCCACAGCGUCUAACAGCAUCAGCACCGCUCCAGCAAUCGACCUGUUCUCCACACCCAGCUCCACCAACAGUGCUUCAAAGGUGCCAAAUGAUCUGCUGGAUCUCCAGCCAGCAUUCCAGCCAUCUCUAUCUCUCCCUACCUCUCUACCUGUAGCUAACACAUGGGGAGAUCCGUUCACUUCUUCAGAGUGUGUUGACGACUCCAUUCCAAACUUAAAUCCUUUCCUUUCCAAACCUGUUGAUGUUUCUCCAUCUUCUCUGUCUUCAGAUGCUGUUAGUUUGCCUUCUAGGACUCCCAGUCAUGAAAUGUUUAGUGAUCAUUACAAUCCCUUUCUUGAUUCAAGCGCUUCCAUUGCCUGCACUCUUGAACCCUGUGCUCGGAUAGAGAGCUUUCUCUCAGACUCGUUCUGUUCUCCGGCUCCCUACUCUAACACCCCACUGUUCCACGCCGAGCCUUCCAAUGUAGCAGGACUAUUUGGAGGGUUUUCAGCAUCUCCCAUCCCUCAGCCAGCCAGCUCUUCUGGCCUUAACGUUGACUUUGACUCUGUGUUCGGCAAUAAAUCCACUGCUAACAGCACAGACGCUGCUGAUUAUGUUUUAGGUUGUAUCCUGAAACCCACAGUAGCUUCUCCAAGCCAGGGCAUGCCACCCAGUGUCCAACAGACUGGCAAACUGGUGUCCGAUGACCUGGACUCCUCUCUGGCCAACCUUGUGGGCAAUCUAGGUAUUGUAAAUGGCACAUCAAAAAAUGACAUCCACUGGAGUCAGCCUGGUGAGAAGAAGCUAACUGGUGGAACCAACUGGCAACCAAAGACCGCUCCAACCACAACAUGGAACCCUGCCAGCAUGAAUGGCAUGCAUUUCCCACAAUACGCGCCGUCCAUCAUGGCUUUCCCUGCCACGACACCCACAGGCAUGAUGGGAUACGCAGUGCCAGCUCAGAUGGCUCCAGUGACCAUGAUGACACAACCUACCAUGAUGUACACGCAGCCUGUAAUGAGGCCGCCUAACCCUUUCGGCUCAAUCUCAGGAGCGCAGCCCUCAGCUGCCUCUAGUCCCUCAAGUCAGAGUUCUCUCAUGCCACCAGGACAGGACCCCUUUGCACAGCUUUCUCUCAAGGAGUUCCUUUAGGGACACUUUUAGAUGCAGUUCAUGUGAAGCGAGCGUUGGCUCCCUGAGGACGAAUCACACGGUCUCCAAUCUCAAACCUUUAAUCUGUCCCCAGUUCGCUGUUUGACUCUGCGCUCAAAGUGUGGCCCCAGCACAGGAAACUGACCCGGACAGGAAACAGGGUGGGCGGGUGGUCUUUGGGGUAAAGGGGUGGUGUAUGAUGAGACUUAGCAAGUCUUUUGUAAUUUGUCUAACAGUAACACAGCUGCAGUUUUUUUCCCCUGGCCCAGACUGUUCCUGACUGAUUAGCAUCUGUAAAGCCACAUAGGUAAUUUCCAGGUAGGGAAGAGGGAUGUAAAGACACAUUGGGAACAUUACACAUUUCAAAUUUGAAUAGGAGACCAGGGUGGGGCUGGCAUUAUUUCUUUCCUUUUUUUUUUUUUUUUUUUUUUUUGUCCUGAUCAGCCAUCAUGAUUUCCCUAAUUUAACCAGCAUCCUUAAGACUUGGAGACUUCAGUUUGUAUUAUGAUUUUGUUAAUUAUUUGUUCAUGUUAUUACAUUUGCAGUAGACAUUCCUUGUGUAUUGUUUGUAUUUAUUUAUGAUUUACCCAGUGAAGACAUAAAAUUAUGACUUUAUCAAUCUCUUCCUUAAUGAGAGGUGUGUAGGAGUGAAUAUGCUUUCGUGUGUAUGGCUGCAGAAUUAGAUUUUGAGAGUGGGUGUGUUGAGAGAAACAUUGUAAAGAAAAUGGAAAAUAAAAAUCAAACCACCUGUAAACUGAAUCACAGAGCACUAAAUAUUCUUUGAACCCCGUUCCUUCUCUCGUGCAAUUAUUCAUAGUACACAAACUCACCCCCUGCAUAAUAAAUUGUCUAUCUAUCUAUUUUGUAAGGGAAAUGGGAGGAGAGUACACAAUUUAUGAACUCACAUGGUUACUUCUGUGCCUAAUUUUUUUUUUGUUUGUUUGUUUUUGUUUUUCCAAGGGAACAUUUAUCAGACUGGUAUCACUACAUUUGUGAUUCUGCAGCAUUGCUUAGGGGAGGAGCUGUUUUGCUUUAUGCUUGACAUGUCAUUAUUUUACAUUGACAGUUAUACAGCUGCCUUUCCAACUUGAAUGUGCAAAGUAGCCUUCAUGCUUGGGCCAUCUUUCUUCCACUGGCACUAGGGGGCGGCCUUCGCUGAAGUAGGAGCACAGGGAAAUGGGUGUGUGUCACAGGUUGCCAUCAUCAGGGUGGGACUGUUAGUGUCCUUGUAAAUUAACAGUAGGAGCAGUAGAACAUGGGAAAGGGAAGCACUGUUGAUCGGUGCUUUGUGUAAAUAAACCCAGACCCUGUCGGAUAGGGGAGCAUGGAAGAUGGUCCAAAUAUGAAGUGAUUCUUUCCAUUGAAUUAACAUACUUGCUGCAUUGUCCCUGUAGAUUCUAUUUUUGUUUAUAACUAUAUAAAAUGUAUGUGAGCAGAACUUGGUUGAUUUUCAAAUAAAAGAGCAGCUUCCACAAGA